AUGCCCAUCUUCAAGACAGCAUACAAUGGAUACGGGGUGAAGUUCAGUCCGUUCCUGGAGACGCGGCUGGCCGUCGCCACCUCACAAAACUUUGGCAUCAUUGGCAAUGGGCGGCAGUACGUCCUCGAGCUCACACCCCAGGGAAUCCAGGAGCUUAUUUCGUUCGAUACAAGAGACGGGCUGUACGAUUGCACCUGGAGUGAAGAGAACGAAAACAUCUUGGUGUCUGCGAGCGGCGACGGGAGCGUCAAGGUUUGGGACCUGGCGGCGCCCCCCCAUCAGAACCCGCUCAAGAGCUUCGAGGAGCAUUCGCACGAAGUGUACUCGUUGGACUGGAACACAGUGCGGCGAGACGUGUUCCUCAGUGGGUCUUGGGAUGACUCUAUAAAGCUCUGGUCGUUGGGCGCACCAGGCUCUCUGCGAACGUUCGCCGAGCACAAGUACUGCGUUUACACGGUCGCCUGGAACCCGGCCCACGCGGACAUCUUUGCUUCUGCGUCCGGUGAUUGCACGCUGCGGAUAUGGGACGUCCGACAGCCUCAUUCGACUCUCGCGAUCCCGGCGCACGAGUUCGAAAUCCUGGCCUGCGACUGGAACAAGUACAACGACUGCGUCCUCGUCUCCGGCUCUGUAGAUAAAACCAUAAAGCUCUGGGAUGUAAGGAGUCCCCGGGAACCUAUGACCGUCUUACAAGGCCACACGUACGCUGUCCGACGAGUGAAGUUCUCCCCCCACCACGCCAACCUCAUCGCUUCCUGCUCCUAUGAUAUGUCGCUCUGCCUGUGGGACUACCAAGCGCCCGAGGAUGCCCUCCUCAUGCGAUACGACCACCAUACGGAAUUCGCGGUUGGGCUGGAUCUGAGUACGCUCGUGGACGGCUUGAUGGCGAGCACGGCCUGGGACGAAACUGUAUAUGUUUGGCAACAAGGACAAGACCCGAGACUAUAG